AUGAAUUUUUUAAUCAUUUCAACUUUGGCACUAAUUUCUUAUCUAACAUUGGAUAUUAUCUUCAAUGAUUAUUUUUGGAAGAUAAACAUUGAUUUUACAGUACUAUUACAGAAUAACACAUUUCCAGGAGAAAAAUUGAUGUUUUAAUUUUUUUCAUAUGUAAUUCAACUACCUAUGUUAUUGGGAGGAUUACAAUUUAUGUUAUCUAGCAAAAAGAUAGAAUCUAUUUUAUACAUCUUUUUAUGCAUGUUUGGAUUUACAAGUAAUGGUCUAUUGAAAAAUGCAUACCAUUAACCUAGACCAUAUUGGGUUGAAGAUGAAAUAGAAGGGUAUAUAGAAUAAUUAUGAUAUUUCAGUAUUGGAUGUAAUAUGGAAUUUGGUAAACCAUCUGGUCAUGCUUAAACUUCAGUCAUAAUAUAUUACUCAUACCUAUUUAUAUUUUAUCCAUCCACUUUCAUAUUUAACAAAGUCAAAGUUUCUGACAAUUAAGAGAAAAGUAAUUAAGAUGAGCCAUAAAAUAAAAAAGGAUUAGUGAUAUUUCUUAAUAUCUUAGCAUUUUUAUGCAUAAUUAUGACUGGAUUAUCAAGAGUAUUUUUGGGAGUACAUACAAUAGGAUAAGUUUCAUUAGGAUGGAUAUAUGGACUUUAUAUAGUUUUUAAUUAUCAGAUUUAUUGUCAUCGAUUCUUAUUAUAGUACUAAUUCUUGAUAAAUAAAGGUACAUUAAAAAUCAAUUGCAAAUGAGCACCGAAGAUAAUGUGAGAUUUUAAAGAAUGUCUGUAUCAAUUUCAGCCAUGUUUAUUGUUGUAAUUUUGAUGGAUAUAACAUUAUUGGAAUUAAACAGAAAAGUGUUUAAUUAAAAUGAAGAAGAAGUUAAUAAAUGGUUGUAUAAAAUUACUUAAUGUAAACAUAAAGAGAUUGGAUAUUACACAAAAGAUCAUACAAAAGUUUUAUAUAAUGCUUGUUUUUUAAAUGGAACAUUAUUCUCCUUUAUAUUUUCAUUUAUAUAAGGAUGUUUUUUUGGUUAAGGAAGUUUUAAUUAAUUAGAAUACUUUAGUUCAAUGAAUUAAAAGAAUUUAACUUUUAAAAUAUGUAGAUUAUUUUUCUAUUUACCAUUACUAUUACCUUUACCAUUAUUGAUAAUCUAAACAUAUAAUAUUUAUAUAACAGCUUUUCUAAUAGUAAUAUUUUAAUUAAUUUAAGUUCAUUCCAGCUAUUUUUAUUUAAUGCUGGUAUAUCACUAUUGUAUAUCCAAAUAUAUUGAAAAUAUUUAAUUAUGA